AUGUCUGCAAGUCUGCGUCUACUCUGCAGCCUUGUGCUCAUACUCUUCACCAUCAGACAUGGACAUGGACAAGGAAACCAUGCCUUCGAGGUCCUCCGUACGGCAAACCAGGCGUAUAAUGGAGUCGACUUCUUUGCCAUCGAGGCAAAGUUACCAGCUGACGGCCUGUCUGCCUCUUCAGACUGGUGCAGGGAUUACCAGAACCUGUGUGCUGGCUACGGACUGAGGCCGACGGGAUGUGGAGAGGACUAUGCAGUCGAGGGUGGGAACAACAGCCACCCCGACCGUAUCCGGUGUGUGACUGAGUAUAACUCCGACCCGUACAUCAACAACGUGCUCGGCUGUCUCCCGGCCAAAAGUGUAGCUACCGUGGCGAACUUGGCUUUGUCCGCCGGGGCUAAAGCGGACAGGAGUUUCGGCUUUGGCAAAUGUGCCACCAGCAAAUGCCAACAUAACAGCGGCUGUGCCCAGAUUCGGAACAAACUCCCGGGGGGAGGUUACAACUGUUCCUGUCGGGCGGAAUUUGUUCUAAUGGAGGAUGGCCAUGGCUGUGAAGAAGAUGAGUGUGCAACAGACAACGGUGGAUGUGCCCAAACCUGCACCAAAGUACCAGGAAGCUACACCUGUUCCUGUCACCGGGGCUUCGUUUUGAAGACAGACGGACAUGGAUGCGAAGAUAUUGACGAGUGUGCAACAGACAACGGUGGAUGUGCCCAAACCUGCACCAACGUCCCAGGAAGUUACACCUGUUCCUGUCAACAGAGCUUCGUGUUGAAGGUAGAUGAGCAUGGCUGUGAAGUAAACCAUGCCUUUGAGGUCCUCCGUACGGCAAACCAGGCGUAUGAGGGAGUCGACUUCUUCGCCAUCGAGGCAAAGUUGCCAGCUGACGGUCUGUCUGUCAGUUCUGGGUGGUGCAAUGAUUACCAGAACCUGUGUGCUGGCUACGGACUGAGGCCGACGGGAUGUGGAGAGGACAGGGCAACCGAGGGCGGGAGCAAUCGCCACCCCGGCGCUAUCCGGUGCGUGACUGAGUACAACUCUGACCCCUACAUCAACAACGUGCUCGGCUGUGACCCGUCCGAGGGUGUAGCUGAGGUGGCGAACUUGGCUUUCUCAGCCGGGGAUACAUGGGCCAGGAGUUUCGGCUUUGCCAACUGUGACACCAUCCGCUGCCAACGUGGGAUACGCGAGAGUGAUCAGAGUCUAUACAACACAGAAGCAGCCUUUGGCUCAGAUGGGAGCGGAGACAGGAUUGUGUACACCGUGUGCGCGGGCUCAGCAGUGUGCGGCCACUGCCUGGGCGGGGACGUGAACUGUGACCCAGUAUCGGGUGUCUGCUCGGCUGGCUGCCGGGAUGGAUGGAAAACACAGCUUUGUGAUAAAGCUGUGGAUCCACCAAUGGACCUGGCCGUAACUGACAUCAUGGACGAAGGGUUUAAGGUCACCUGGUCUCCAUCCCCUGACCCUGACCUUCAGGGGUACCGUGUGGUGGUCUCCAACCUGAACAUGACGACAGCUGUCAAUCAGAGCACUGACGAGGCGUGGUUUCCGGUGGUCGGCCUGUUCCCGGAGACUGCUUACAUCAUCAGGGUGACGGCCCUGUUCUCUUCAGGUGCUUGGAGGUCACAGAGCGAGGCGACAGUGAUACUGGCAACCACGGCCGCCAUACCAACCACAAUUCCUGCUGCUACAACCCAGCAGACAGGUCGAAUGACCACCCGCAUUUCCACCAAACCUGCAACUUCGACCGUACAACAUGCACCUGAAGCUGGGUGGGACGAGGAAUCAUCUGAUGACGCCACCACACCAUCAGCUGCUGAAACAACUAAGCAGACAAGCGUGAUGCCCACAUCCAUGUCCACCAGACCAUCAACUCCAACUGCACAACUCGGAUCGGAUACCGAUGGAACCACAGAGACCAUCAGCAGGCCGCCGGGCGGCAACAGGGCAACGCCAGCUGAUCAGGUAAACUGUGCAGUUCUACAGCUGAGGGGAUUUUAUCUGGAGAGCAUCUAUGCAGAAUCCGUCAGCUCAAGCCCACAGGAUGUGCUCCAGAUUCUGGCUGCAGAUGUCUCUGGAGAUGAUGUUGUGUUGGGGCAGCAGACUUCACCUGCUGAGGAAAAGGCGCAGAUGUGCAGGAAGGCAAUUGAAACAUUGACCUCUGAAAUGGGUCGGGCCCAGACACCGCAAGGUCUGCAAAGGAUGUCUGAGUUAUCAUCACUUGUCAUUAAGUCCUGCCCUGGCAUUCCACAGGAGGAUAAGGUACAAGAUAUGGCCAUGGGUGUUCUGAAGUCCAUCACCAACAACCUGGACCAGCUGGACAUGUCUGACCCGUCUACUGUCCAGUCUGUGGGAGGAUCUCUGGUGGAGUCCAUUGGUUCUCUGCUUGAGGACCCAGAGAGAGAUGAAAAAGAGGCUGAUGUGAAGCUUACUUCUGAUCUUGAGGAGGACCAGAGUCUCUCUCCAAAGGAGCGCAUUCAAAAGGCAGAAGAAAAGAAGCAGGAGAACCAAGCUAAGAGACGAAGAUUUGUCCAGGAAGGCCGCCAGGUCCUGGACGGUCUGUUCAACGCCAUCAUCAGCGCCACGAGGCCAGGAGCCCCGGCGGUCACCAUCGAGAGGGGCGGCAUCACGCUGCUUGCCCAGAGGAUCUGGGGCAACCAGUUUGGAGGCCAGGUCGUGCAGACGGAGGAUGGGAGCUUCCAACUUCCGUCUAAAGCAGCGCUUUUCGCAGACUAUACACCACACAACGUCGCUAUGAAGUUGACACAGUUUCAACAGAACCCUUUUACCUGGGGGCGCGGGGAGUACCAACCACGUUCGUCUGUCAUGGAACUGUCACUCCAACAGAACAACUUCCCCGUGGCCUUCAACAACUUGACUGAAGAUUUCAACAUCACCAUUCCGGCCAAAUCCGGAAACAAACCAGCGACAACAACCGUCACCAUCCCUGCCCAAGGAAACGGAAGUUCCAGCUACCAUUUGCUGAACCUCACCAACGCCGCAGAAGGCUUCCUGGUCACAAUCACCCCGCUGAACACCAGCGUGGUUUACCGUGUGUCGGGCAGGUACGGCGGCCGCCCUGGUGACCAAAACUACAACAUGUCCACAGAGACGUACAUCCUACCCGAGGAGUGUGCCUUGAUGAAAACUCUGAGUGGCGAGGAAGACACAGAGAAGACAGAGACAAGAAUGUUCAUCUCGGGAGAGGAUGGUCCUGUGGAUUACUACAUCAAGGUCGAAAUACUUGGACCAGUGACUGAGUGUGGCAGUGAGAAAAGAACCGACGUGAAGAAGCCACACGCCGCUGACUUCUACGCCUACCAGAUGGAAUGGGCCCGUUUGGGCUGUGUCUUCUGGAGCGAGACGCAGGAAGCCUGGAGAACGGACGGCUGCUCGAUAAGCAAUCAGUCCACCAUUACCAGCACUAUCUGUCACUGCAACCAUCUGACAGCCUUCGGGAGUGACUUCGCCACACCGCCAAACACCAUCGUGUUCGAGGCGUUGAACUUCAGUGAUCUUGCAGACAACGGUGCCGUCGUGGCGACCAUCAUUGCGGGGCUCUGUCUCUUCUCGUUCGCAUCAGUCGCGAUCAAGAUUGCUGAGCGUAGAGGAAAAGGGAAGUUAAGUGGAGCUGUAAGGUUGGACAACCUUCAGGACAACUUCCGGUACCGCCUCCUCAUCUGGACAGGUGCAGCUAAGCAUGCUGGGACAGAGUCUACAGUUGCCUUCAAGCUGUUCGGAGAUGCAGCAAACUCUGAUGUGAGACUGGUCGACCUCACAGAGAAGGUUUUCACCCGAACCAGCCAGGUGACCCUGACCUUCAGCACAGCAGAACAGCUGGGUAAGGUGGAGCUGCUGCAGCUCAUGCACGACAACAGUGGGGAGGGGAGCCGCGCAUCGUGGCACGUGGACCGAGCAGCCGUGCAGGAUCUCACCACAGGCAAACUGUUCUAUUUCUUCUGCGACGAGUGGCUGGCAGCCGACCGCGGGGACGGGCAGGUCGUGAAGACCUUUCCCGUCGCCUCUGAGGAGGACCUGCGAUCCUUCGGGUUCCUGUUCCCGGCAAGUUUGCGCCAUAACCUGACAGAGGAACACCUACUUCUGUCCGUCGCCUUCAAGCCUGAAGGUAGCACGUUCACCCGCAUCGAGAGGCUUGGCUGCUGCCUGAGUUUCUUCGCUAUGUCCAUGGUGUCCAGCGCCAUGUGGCUGAGGGAUGAAGUAGAAACCGAAAUCGUGCGGGUCUUCAGCCUGGGGCCGUUCUCCUUCACCUUGAACGGAGUCUACACGGGGUUCAUGGCCAGCAUCACCUGCCUUCCCGUGGCAACAGCCAUAGUGCUGCUGUUCCAGUACAGCCGGCCGAGCAGCAAGGGCGACCGCCGGGUCCGAGACGUGGAGACGGGCGGCCCACCUGAGGCACCCACCCAGAGGGGUCCAGCCAAGCGCCUGCCACACGGGUGCAGGUACGUGGCAUGGAUGCUGGUGAUGCUGUCUUUCCUGGGGUCAGCUGUCUUCACCACGCUGUUCAGCAUGCAGUGGGGCAAGGACAAGACCAACAAGUGGCUGUCUGCAUUCAUCAUCUCCUUUCUGGCAGACGUCUUCCUUAUGCAACCAGGGAAGAUAUUUCUUCUUGCCAUCUUCACUUCAUCUCUUCGCAAGACACAAGCCGUCAAGAAGAUUUUUGAAGAGAAAUGGAGCCCCGUUUUGAUGGAAGCCAAUGCUGUGUCAGGCUUUAACUGGAAUGCAUUUCGCACGAGGAGAAAGAUGGAGCGACUUUCGAUGACGUCCCUUAUCAACAUCAAACAAGCAAGGAAGAAGCAGCGCAGGGACAGGAGGAAUGGCGAAAUCCUUCGGGACAUCAUGGUGUCUUGCUUUUACGUGCUGCUUGUCCUCAGCAUCACCAACGAACACCACAGCACCACCCAGGCCUUCUAUCAGACACAGAGCGCAACCAACACCUUUGUGCAGUCCUUGGACGAGGUAGAUGAUGCUGAUACCUUCUGGUCCUGGCUGAACGGGACCGCUCUGGAGAACUUCUACCCGGAGACUUCCUACAAUGACAACAAGCUUCGCUGGCAGGAUAAGGGCUUCACGGCAGACAUGCAGUCAGUCCUGGUCGCCCCGUCUAGCAUGAUCCAAGUCCGAGUAAAGCCAGGGCUGUGCACAGUGCCAGCAGCAAUGCAGAAGUCGUUUGACGAAUGUUCAUCAGGGUACGAUGAACACACCAAGGAGACCGGAGCGUUUCGAAAGGGCUGGGAAAGGGUCAUGAAUACGUCAGCGAUGGAGUCAGAAGCCCCUGGAUGGACCUACCUCCACAGUGGAUACACCAGUCUCCCCAUCUACGGUUUGACGACGCAGUACUGGGGAGACGGCUUCGGGCUGAACCUGGGAAAAUCUGCAGACGAGAUGCGCAGCAUCCUGGCAGAGCUGAAGGCCAACCGUUGGAUCGACAAGCGGACGAGGGCCAUCUUCUUGGAAGCGUUGCUCUACAACGGGAACCUGGAUCUGUUCACAUCGGUGACGAUGGUGUUUGAAUUCUCCGAGACGGCCGGAGUUUUUACCCAUCAUCGCGUGCAGGCCUUCCGACUUCAUCAACGGCCAGGAACGAUCGGGUACAUCUACGUCCUGCUGGAAAUCACUUACGUCAUCGUUCUCCUCUACACACUGUGGAAAGAGACGAAAACUGCACGCGCCGCCGGCUUGGCCUACCUGAGGGAGCCAUGGAAGGUUGUGGAAAUCUUUAAUUUCUUCUUGGCAUUCACUGCCAUCGCCUUGUAUGGCUUCAAGAGAACCUACAGCUCCAUGGCUCUGGCAGCGAUCAAUGCUGGGAAAGAUGAAGUCCACCAUUUCCGAUAUGCGGUGAACGUGAGCCUGGUUUACGGCUGGUUCCUGGCCUUCCUGACGUUUGUCAACAUGAUGAAGUUCCUCCGGCUGCUGAGGUUCAACCCAUUCCUCGCCAAGCUGAUGUCCAUGAUCCGAGGGAUGUCGGUGGAGUUCGCUUCCUUCGCCGUCUACCUCUUCCUCGCCAUGUCAGCAUUCGGCGUCUUCGGUUAUCUCAAGUUCGGCCUUAUUGUUGAGGAGUACAGCACCAUCAGCAAGUCCUUCUCCACCCUGUUCCAGAUGUCUCUUGGAAACUUCUACUACUACGAACUGCGGGAGGCAUCCCCCAUCCUCGGCCCCAUCUUCUUCAUCACUUUCAUUUGCAUAAUCUUCCUGGUGCUGAUGAACAUCGCCAUGGCGAUCAUCGACAGCGCCCUUACCGAUGUGCGGAACCACAUCAUGUCUGAGGAGGACCAGUACUUCAUCCAGGGGUUGUGGGAACGCUUCACGGCCUUCUUCGGCUUUUGGAAGGUGCCAGUCACAGAAAACAACUCAUUGGACACUCUUCAUGACAGCCUGGUCGAGGUGGAGAUUAAAGUGGAGAAACUGUGGCUGCAGAGGCAGUUGCUCUUCAACCUCGAGAUGAAGGACGCAGACCUCCCCGCAGAGCCCGAGUUUGUUCCGACUGUCAAAGAUGUUCCCGAUGCUACAGCAGUGGAACUUCAUGUCCCCAAAGGAGGCUGCCGCAUCAUCGCGGUCCGUCCUGCAUCCCCAAACAGCCGUGCAGAUGACAGCAGUCAAGCGAUCUGCUCCGACAGCAAGGCGCCAGUGGUGGUGGCAUCCGGGUCUCCAUCAAAAUAGGACACCCAGGAAAGCCACCAAACAAGUGGCAAGAAGGAAUGA